GGUGGGAUUUCCAGCAAUAAUAGCAAGAAUCUAUAGGAGCGGAAGCGCCCGCUCUAACUAGUCUGGCGCGAGCUUCGUGAAUUUCGUCGUGUAAAUUUUAUUUGGACCCAGUUUGCAAGGAAUCACAGCCCAAAGACACUCUGACAGACACAAUGGGGAGAGCCAAAAAGAGGAACGGCUAUUCCUCUCCGACCACGCCAUCGCCUGAUACUACCGAGCCAAAAACUAUAGCGUCGCCAGAGGAGAGAACAAAGGCCCUAGCCUCGUCCUUCGACGCUGAGGUGCGCCCCCUGAUAGACCUGGUCGACAAACUACGUGGGUAUGGUCUGGACAGAGACAUCAACCUCCCCGCCGUUGCCGUCAUCGGGGACCAGAGUGCCGGCAAGAGCUCUGUUCUUGAAGCAAUCUCUGGCGUUCAACUUCCAAGAGGAACGGGUAUUGUGACAAGGUGCCCGUUGGAGAUGCGGAUGAAGCACUCAGAGGAUGAGGACAAGUGGGAGGGAAAGAUAAUGUAUAAGGACAAGCAUGAUAUGCGUCAGGAGGAAGUCAUCCUGAACAGAGAGAGUGUUGGAGACCUUGUGCGGAAAGCUCAAAAGGAAAUGACAGAUGGUGCCAAGGGAAUUAGUGAUGAACUCAUUACGCUUGAAGUGACGUCAUCAGAUGUCCCUGACCUUACCGUCAUAGACCUACCAGGUAUCACAAGAAACGCUGUCGAGGGUCAGCCGUUUGAUAUCGAAGCGAGGAUUAAAAAUAUGAUCCGUAAAUACAUUAAACGCCAGGAGACCAUCAUUCUUGCUGUUCUACAGUGUAAUGUGGAUAUUGCCACGUGCGAAGCGCUCAAAAUGGCAAAAGAAUUUGAUGGCGAAGGUGGAAGAACUCUGGGGGUUUUAACAAAGCCGGACUUGAUGGACAAGGGAGCCGAGACCGGUGUGAUUAGGAUCCUGAACAACAUGGAGUUCACACUGUCCAAGGGCUACAUCAUUGUCAAGUGUCGAGGUCAGGAGGCUAUAUCGGAAGGCCAGUCCUUGAAACAGGCAUUGGAUAUAGAAGAAGAUUUCUUCAAAAGUCACAGACAUUUCAGCUCCUUGCGACCAUCUCAGUGGGGAAUCCCCGACUUAUCAUCGAGACUGUCACGAGAACUGAAAAGACACAUCAAGAAACUGUUACCGGAACUGAAGGAGGACGUGCGUCGCAAACUCCUUGAGACAGAGCGGAUGUUGCAUGAGCUCGGUGAGGAUCCUCCACAAACAGCCUCCGAGAAAAGGCAGAUGGCACUCAUGGUAAGUGAGUGAGUGCAGUUCGAGUCAGCAUUUAAAAAUAUAUCUGCUAAUGGAUGACAAUAGACUUUAAGUUAGGCUCCACGUCAGUGUUGGGCAUACACGUCAUCA